AUGGCAGUAGUAUUUCAGAACAGUGGAGCAGACAGCAUGCAAUACCAAGGAGCAUUGGGCGACUCAUCGCGACUAGUCCAUGUAGCGCCAGCGGGUACAGGAGAACAGUGGGUGACCCCGGCAUACUCAAGUGUUGUGAACGAAGCGGCUGUUCAGUCAGGUAUGUCUGGAGGCAUACCAUUGUCCGUGUCACCUGUGAAGGCUCGUCAUCGACAUCAUCAUCAUCAUCACCCGGUGAAGAAGGGUGGGUUUGGAGAGUGGGUGGCUAGUGCAUUAGGUCAAUUAGGUGGUGGUCCAAGUUCACCAAGGGCAUCUCCGCGUGGUGCAAGUUCAAGAAAGGAUUUUGCGUUGCGUGAUAGAUUAGGAAGGACCGUGGAAAUUGAUUCUGAUGAUGAAGGUGAUUGGGAUCGGGGUGCGGCUACGGCUAAGGUAUGGGGUACACGUGCUGGUCCUAGUCGUGUAAGACCAGUGGAUGAUCUGUUGAUAAACUUUCAAGAUUUGUUCCCAUGUUUGGCACCAUUGUUCGAAAGUUGUGGUUGUGUUCGAAGACGUCCACGACGUGCAUUACGAGCCGCACCAACAACGCCAGGUGCGCGUAUCGAACACGUGUGCUUGGACUGUGGAAAUGUAUUGGAUGCACAAAAUGUACCGGGAACGGUAGCGAUUGAUAUGUUCGAUCGUGGUACUGCAGCACGUCAUGAAGCAUACCUACAAGUACAAGCAGCACAACAACCACAGGAAACUUUUCAAGGCUAUGAAUCAUGGACACUACAACCACGCAAUACCAAUGCUAACGCACCCGGAGCUAUUCCACUACCACAAUUCGACCCAGCUCCCGCUCGCAUACUACGCAACCGUCCUGGCGAUGUCAGCCAUCCACCACCACCAGACCUACCAACAGACGACUCUGGACUCGUGCAGCUACCACAGUUCGACGAACCACCAAAUCGCAACGCCCAAUAA